AUGUCGACGGACAACGCAACGGAUUAUUUAAAAUACAACCAUCUCGCACAGGAAGAGGUAUUUGCGAGUUUAGUGUCCAAGUUAGGUAUAAAACCUGGAUUUAGGUGCCUUGAUAUUGGUUGUGGACCUGGUGAUUUCACGAAACGUUUGGUUGAUUUUGUGGGAAAAGAUGGAUAUGUCCUUGGUGUUGAUCCUGACGAAAACAGGAUAAAUGUUGCUAAAGAGGCUUACUCACUUGUUCCUAACUUAGACUUUAUGUGUAUAAACGCUGGAAACAUGCCCACCGAUCUUCAGAAAUUUGAUGUUGCUUCCUCAAGUUUUGUUUUGCAUUGGAUGAAAAACGAGGAAAAGUGGAAGACACUAGAAAAUGUUUUCAACCUACUAAAGACAGGGGGAACAUUUAGUUUCCGAUGUUUGUUAAAUCAACCUGAGUUGAACAAACGUAUAUAUAGCUUUGUGGAAGAUAAAGAAAAAAUUGCCCAUGUCCUAAACAUGGAAUUCCCGACGUUAAACGAAUAUAAACAAAAAUUAACAGAAAAUAUGUAUGACAUUGUAGAGAUACAGGCUACAGAACAUACUGUUGUUUAUCAAACAGCUAAUCAACUCCUAUAUUCUUUAAAGGCGUCAAUAAAUUGCAAGGUGGACUUUGUUCAGCUGUAUGACAAAUACAAAGACCAUUUACAAUUCGAGCAAAACAAAGAUGGCGAAUAUAUAAAAAAUCUUCAAUUAAUUAAUGUUGUUGCGAAGAAACCGAACAAAACGUGAAAUUCAUGCUGUACUGUAUAAUGAUGCUCCUAAUUCCUUUAUUGUUAAACUAUAGUUUAAUU